UCAAUGGUUACCGAGUUGCCGAGACAACGGUUGCCAGGCUGCGAACAGUAAGCGUCGCCGCGAGGGUGCAGGAGAGCUGGAGAGACAGCCGCAGAGUGAAGUUGUUGCACAAUGGCAUUGCUCUCUGUUGACAGAACACCACACUAUACAAAGACAAGCUUCGGCGCAGAUGUAGACCCCCUGAAAUUCUACUCUACAACAUAUUCAACAUCUUUUGGUCAUGAAGGCUUUGUACCCAGGACAGGUAACCAUUCUGGAGCUGGAUUUGUGACUAAUAUCAGACCUGUGCAGCACUACACACCCUCUUUAGACAGACUUGAUAAUCCAGUGCUUGGGCAGAUGUUGAAAGAUAAUUACCUCUCGAUAACAAAGAAGAACUUUGUGCCUUAUGGACAUCCUGAUGGCAAAGAAGAUUUUCCUCACAAAUUACAUUCGGUGGGCAGUGGAUUCAUGCGGACAAAGCCACUACACUUCCCAUACCUCAAAGAUCUGAAAGAAGUUCACAUUGAUACACGAGAUCAUGUACCACCGAUUAUCACAAGAAAGGAACCCAAGCAUGUACCAUUACUGCAUCAACUUCAACCAAAAGACCCUGCGCUACAAGAAAAUGAAGGCCAUGGACCACUCUACAUGUCCACUGAGUAUUGUACCAAAUAUGAACGCAAGCCGCUGAACCCGCCAGCACUUUCCGAGCUCAAAACAAUUGGGAAGAAAGAGAACACUGGGUUCACAGAAGGGUCUCCACUGAAACCCAUCACUUUCCAUCCCCCUUUGGCAUUUCGUGGUGACAAACCAGCAUUCUGCACAGACAGGCCAACUGGAAUCUCCAUAACAAAAUCAGACUAUCUGCCAUCUGCAACUCUACAUGGAGAUGAAUUCCUGCCUGUAAUUGCAAACAAGUCUGACCGAAGCACUGGAUUCACUCAUCAAAUUGCACUCAAUUUGGACACAGUUCAAUCGACUGAACUUCAAAAUCUUCCUGUUGAUAAGAUAGAGAAGCUGAAGAAGGACGACCCAGUGGAAUAUCUUCAUAGAACCCAUCUUGAUGAACCAAGCAGCAUCAACACCCUAACAUACACAGAUAGACAGCAGAGGCCAGUGCAAAACAUACUGCCUGGAAACAUUCAUGUUGGAUCUAAGGAAACCACUGGAUUUACCGCCAACGAGAAUGUUUUUGUGUAUCCAGCCAAGACUGCUACAGAUGCAGACAGAUUCCUGACAAAUUACAAUCUUCGGUACAACGACAAAACUCCAAAAGGAGAGGACAGAGAAGGUUGGACAAGGGGUGGUAUCCUGAAACAGGUGCCUGAUGGGUUUAUGCGAAGUACCACCAUGCAUAAGCACGGUCCCGACUACAACAUAACAGAGAGUCUUCGGCGGACUCACCCCCACGUGGCCAGGACAAUAAAGUCUGUUGAUGAACAUCAUGACGAUCACAUGUAUGAUCACAAACAACGUCCACCUGGACUGAUUCUCUGAGCGAAGUGCUGGAUAUGUUCAGUGACUUCUUCUCCAGAAGGAAAUGGCCUCCCCGGACCUGAAGUUCACAUUGGGACACCGAAUUCAGCAACUAGCAUUUGUUCGUUACAUCCCUUCAAUAACCAGAGGCUUACGUCUCAGAAGAAUAUUUUUAUUUCUCUUGAUUCCGUUAAAUAUUGUUGAUUCUGUUGAACUUUGGUUGUGAGAUAGUGUGAACAAUCAGCAAUAUGAUUAAGUUUCCACUCUUGUUUAAAGAAAGCAGACAGUCCUUCAUUAUUAGAAAUAAAUGAGUUACACAACA